ACCCGGUGUUGCUUCUAUAUGAGCGGGCUUCGCGCGCCCGGCCGGGUUUACUCGUCUGUUGUCGCCCGCGCAACGGAGCUCGCAGCAGCCGCCCGGCGGAAUACUGUCAGCUCGCGCGCCCCGACGCCCCGACAUGAAGGACCUGGGUCUGUGCGGCCUGUUCGGCGGCUCCUACUGCACGGUGUCCGCGGCAGAGCCCCCGCCGGCACUGCCCGCCGACCGCGCUCCGCCGCGCCAGAAGCAGCAGCUGUCCAAGAAGGGCUCCGUCAUCAUCAACCAGUACUUCCGCGACAGCCGCCGCGUCAGCGCCGCGCGCCGCCGGCCCAAAUGUGCAUUUUUUCUCUUACUUUUGGGGAUAACGUCGAUCGCUUCAGGAUGCUUGUUGCUAAUUCUACAACCAUAUGAUAUCCUCUUCAAAAUGAAACUGAAAUUCUCUGAUGGUGCGGAAACAUACGAAAUGUGGAGGAAACCAGCUGUUGAACUUUAUCUACGAGUUCAUCUUUUCAACGUAACAAAUAAGGAUAAAUUUCUGUCAGGAGAAGAAGACCUAAUGGUUCAGGAAGUUGGUCCAUAUGUUUACAGGGAGAACAUGGAACACAAGAACGUGACGUUCAACGACAACGGCACGCUCACCAUGGCGCCGUACCACCUGCUCACCUGGGUGCCGGAGCUCAGCGUCAACAGGAGUGAAGACGACAUCCUGGUUCUUCCCAACAUCGCCCUGCUGAGCAUCGCCAAUGUGGUGAAGGAUUCGUCGUACUUCACCCGCAUGGGCCUGAACAUCCUGAUCAAGCAGACCGACUCGCAGCCGCUGGUCUCCAUGACCGCCAAGGAGUUCAUGUUCGGCUACCGUAGCUCCUUGGUGACUCUGGGCAACAGCUUCAUGCCGUCUUGGAUCUACUUCGAGAAGCUGGGCCUCAUCGACAGAAUGUACGACUUCACCGACGACGUGGCAACAGUGUUCACCGGGGAAACGGACAUCAGGCUCAGCGGCAUCACCGAGAAGUACAACAGGGACGUGGCGCUGCCUCAGUGGGAAGGGAAGUGCGCCCUUAUCAACGGCACCAGCGACUCCACCAAGUUCCCCUCGCUCAUAGACGCCAACGACACGCUCAUCUUCUUCAGGAAGUCGGUGUGCCGGCCGAUGCCCCUGGUCCGAGACGGAGAGCUGACAAACAAAAAUGGUUUAAUGACUUACCGUUACAAAUUCGCACCGAACUCUCUCGACAACGGAGUUCAUAACCCGGAAAACAAAUGUUUCUGUCGGAAGGGACGUUGCUUGAAAGAAGGCCUCAUUGAUGUUACUGAAUGCUACUACGGUUUCCCAAUAGCUGUAUCUUACCCACAUUUUUACCAGGGAGAUCCAUCGUUGAUCAGUGAGGUUAAGGGUUCCAGUCCUGACCCUGAGAAGCAUGAAACAUAUUUUUACAUUGAACCGAGGUCGGGAAUCCCAGUGGACCUGGCCGUGAGGUUCCAAAUCAACAUGGCGCUCGACGACGUGUCUCCGAUCGCCCGUGUCGGCCGGUUCAAGAACAUGGUGUUGCCGAUGCUGUGGACUGAAAUAGGCAUGAGGGAGCUGCCCGGGUGGAUGAACAACAAGUUCAUCCUGUACCUGAACGUGGCGCCGGUGGUCCAAGACGUGUUGGUGUACCUGUCCUUCUGCGCGGGCGCAGUUUUCCUGUUCGUGAGCGUGGCACGCGUGAUGCGCAGCUGCUGGCGCGCCGGCGGCUUCGACUUCUUCAGAGAGGAGGAGUUCAACAGGAAGCACGCCAACUACAUGGUGGCCAGCGACAACAAGAACAGUAUUAAGGGCCGGGAGAUGGAUGUGUUCUACGACAGCCUGGUGCCGUGCGCCUCCGACGACGAGAGGGUCAACUUGUUCAACGGCGCCGACAAAAUGGCGGCGGAAUUAAAGUCGGACGAUUCUGAGAAAUGCGUGCUGAACGAAAUAAUUGUGUAGCAUUCCGUAUUCACUAGUUCACAAAUUUGGAAUAGCGAUAGGAUUUUGCAAGUUUCACGUUGUUAAGUUCCUUUGGAGUGAGAAAGUGUUACUUCUACAACAUUGUGGCGUAUAACAUAUGUAACAAGUACAAUUUAGGGAUAAUACGUCGAUAAUUAAGUGGCAUUUAAUCUGUUGCCAAUUUUAUACAUUUGCAUGCAUUGUUGUGUCGUUUAUGUAGACAUUUACCUGAUCCAGAGGAAAUAUUUCUGUGGUUAAAAAUUUUUAACAUGGCAACUAACAAGAUUAGUUAGUCAAAAUCCAUAACAGCAUAUAAUCUGAUUCAGUUUGUAAAGUACAAUGAAUAAAUAAGGUAUGCACAUCA